AUGGCCACCCCCAAUGUUCUUACUUUUGACGCUGAGGGGAGGGCCAUUGACUUUGCCGUCUGGAUUGAAGACCUGCAGCUGUACUUACUGUGUGAUGCGAUAGAUGAGGUCUCUCUCUUUGACUUUGUCUCUGGCGCUGUCCCUGCCCCGCCUGCUGAUGCUGACUCUGCUGCUCGCUCCAAUCAGUGCAAGACCGCUCAGGCCUUGUACGACGCUGUAGUUGCACGCUACUCCUCCCCUUCCUCCGCUACCCUUAGCCGCCUCAUGCUACCGUUUCUCUUCCCUGACCUCGCUUCCUUUCCCACUGUUGCUUACCUAGUUACCCACCUCCGCGCUAGUGACACCCGCUACCGUGCUGCCCUUCCUGCUGAGUUCCGCGCUGCGAACCCUCCUCCCAUGUACAUCACUCUCUACUUUCUCGUCACCCGUCUCCCUGAGUCCCUUCGUGUCGUUAGGGACCAGUUUCUCUCUGUCUGUCCCACCACUCUCACUGUCGACCUCCUUGAGGAGUCCCUGCUAGCGGCUGAGAAGAGUAUUGUCGCUGUAGGGGCCUCUCGGGGUGACCCUCGCACCCCCAUCUUUGAGGGGUGUGGUCCUUCCCCCCUGCUGCCCUCUGUCGCCUCUGCCGCUGCGGCCGACCUCGCUGGUUUUGAGUCGGUCGGCGCGGCGUCUGCCCCCAGCGGCAGACGCCGCUCUGGCAAGGGCAAGGGGGGCAAGGGGGCGGGUGGAGCUAGAGGGGGCGGUGGAGGAGGCGGUGGGGGUGGAGGGGGGAGUGGGAGUGGCGGUGGGGGUGGUGGCGGGAGUGGAGGUACUAGUGGUGGCGGUGGAGGCGGAGGUGGCGGCGGAGGUGGUGGCGGAGGAGGCGGUGGGAGCGGUGGGAGCGACGGUCCUGGUGGGGGAGGUGGCGGUGGAGACGGGGGUGGCGGUGGAGGCGGGGGUGGCGGUGGAGGCGGGGGUCGGAGUGGCUCGUCCCAGCGGAGCAGCUCUGGGGGUGGUCAGCGCCAGCAGCAGCAGCAGCAGCAGCAGCAGCAGCCGCAGCAGCAGCAGCGCUCUCGCACCCGGCCCCCUCUGGCACCCUGA